AGCGCCGCCGCCACAGCCGCGCACCCAGGCUCCGAGGUCCGACAGCACCCGGCCCAGACCCCACGCCUGCCAGGAGCGAGCCAGCCGGCCGGCGCGCUCCGACCCCGCACUCUCUGUCCUUCGGCCCGAGCCCCGCGCCCUUCCCGGGACCUCUGCCCCGCGGGCAGCGUUGCCACCCUGCCGGCCAUGGAGACCCCGUCCCAGCGGCGCGCCACCCGCAGCGGGGCGCAGGCCAGCUCCACCCCGCUGUCGCCUACCCGCAUCACCCGGCUGCAGGAGAAGGAGGACCUGCAGGAGCUCAAUGACCGCCUGGCUGUCUACAUCGACCGUGUGCGGUCGCUGGAGACGGAGAACGCGGGGCUGCGCCUCCGCAUCACCGAGUCCGAGGAGGUGGUCAGCCGCGAGGUGUCCGGCAUCAAGGCCGCAUACGAGGCCGAGCUCGGGGAUGCCCGCAAGACCCUCGACUCGGUGGCCAAGGAGCGCGCCCGCCUGCAGCUGGAGCUGAGCAAAGUGCGCGAGGAGUUCAAGGAGCUCAAAGCGCGCAAUACCAAGAAGGAGGGCGACCUGAUGGCCGCCCAGGCCCGACUCAAGGACCUGGAGGCUCUGCUCAACUCCAAGGAGGCUGCACUGAGCACCGCGCUCAGCGAGAAGCGCACGCUGGAGGGCGAGCUCCAUGACCUGCGGGGCCAGGUGGCCAAGCUCGAGGCUGCCCUGGGUGAGGCCAAGAAGCAGCUCCAGGACGAGAUGCUGCGGCGGGUGGACGCAGAAAACAGGCUGCAGACACUGAAGGAGGAGCUGGACUUCCAGAAGAACAUCUACAGCGAGGAGCUUCGUGAGACCAAGCGCCGCCACGAGACCCGGCUGGUGGAGAUCGACAACGGCAAGCAGCGUGAGUUCGAGAGCCGGCUGGCUGACGCGCUGCAGGAGCUGCGGGCCCAGCACGAGGACCAGGUGGAGCAGUACAAGAAGGAGCUGGAGAAGACCUACUCCGCCAAGCUGGACAACGCCAGGCAGUCCGCUGAGAGGAACAGCAACCUGGUGGGGGCCGCGCACGAGGAGCUGCAGCAGUCUCGCAUCCGCAUCGACAGCCUGUCGGCCCAGCUCAGCCAGCUGCAGAAGCAGCUGGCCGCCAAGGAGGCGAAGCUGCGGGACCUGGAAGACUCGCUGGCCCGGGAGCGGGACACCAGCCGGCGGCUGCUGGCGGAGAAGGAGCGGGAGAUGGCGGAGAUGCGGGCGAGGAUGCAGCAGCAGCUGGACGAGUAUCAGGAGCUGCUGGACAUCAAGCUGGCGCUGGACAUGGAGAUCCACGCCUACCGCAAGCUCCUGGAGGGCGAGGAGGAGAGGCUGCGCCUGUCCCCCAGCCCCACCUCCCAGCGCAGCCGCGGCCGCGCCUCCUCCCACUCCUCCCAGACGCAGGGCUCAGGCAGCGUCACCAAGAAGCGCAAGCUGGAGGCGGCCGAGAGCAGGAGCAGCUUCUCACAGCACGCUCGCACCAGCGGCCGCGUGGCCGUGGAGGAGGUGGACGAGGAGGGCAAGUUCGUGCGGCUGCGCAACAAGUCCAGUGAGGACCAAUCCAUGGGCAAUUGGCAGAUCAAGCGCCAGAAUGGAGAUGACCCCCUGCUGACCUACCGCUUCCCGCCGAAGUUCACCCUGAAGGCGGGGCAGGCGGUGACGAUCUGGGCCGCGGGAGCCGGGGCCACGCACAGCCCCCCGACCGACCUGGUGUGGAAGGCGCAGAACACGUGGGGCUGCGGGAACAGCCUGCGCACGGCUCUCAUCAACUCCACCGGGGAGGAGGUGGCCAUGCGCAAGCUGGUGCGCUCGGUGACCGUGGUCGAGGACGACGAGGAUGAGGAUGGGGAUGACCUGCUCCAUCACCACCAUGGCUCCCACUGCAGCAGCUCGGGGGACCCCGCCGAGUACAACCUGCGCUCGCGCACCGUGCUGUGCGGCACGUGCGGGCAGCCCGCGGACAAGGCUUCCGCCAGCGCGGGAGCCCAGGUGGGCGGAACCAUCUCCUCUGGCUCUUCCGCCUCCAGUGUCACGGUCACCCGCAGCUACCGCAGUGUGGGGGGCAGUGGGGGGAGCGGCUUCGGGGACAGCCUGGUCACCCGCUCCUACCUCCUGGGCAACUCCAGCCCUCGGACCCAGAGCCCCCAGAACUGCCGCAUCAUGUAAUCUGGGACCUGCCAGGCCGGGGUGAGGAUGGAGGCCUCGAGUCCUCCUCACCUCGUGCCCCCCCACUCUGCCCUGUGCCUCAGGGGAGGGGCUUGAAGCCAAAGAAAAUACCCUUUUGGUUUGUCUUCUAUGUUUUGUUUUUUUUCUAAGAGAACUUAUUUUCUACAGUGAUUUUAUACUGAAGGAGAGACACAAGCAACAAAAAAAAAAAAAAAAAAAAAAAGGCACGUCUAUCUCCAGCCCCUCCUUUCCCUGCUUCCAGGAAACUCACAUCUGCCUUAAAACCAAAGAGGGCUUCCUCCAGAAGCCGAGGAAAAGGGGUGCUUUUACAGAGCCUAGUUCCUGCUUCUAUGCCCUGCCUGCUGCCCCCCCUGCCCCGGGGACCCCAUGAACACGGUGCCUGAGAGGCGGGUGUGGGCUCCUGUGCCAGCCGCCAAGGGAGGAGGGCAGCGCCGGCCCCUGGGCCAGCCCCCACCGUUCACUAUGCCUGGCUCAGGCCCCCUGCCGCCCCGUCCCAGCCCCGGGGCUGACUCCUUCUGCCAGGUCUCAGCCGCACUCGCUUUUUCUGUAUGUUACUUAGACAAGAGAUGGGAAUGAAGUGGGAAAGAGGGGAAGGAAGGUUCUUUGAGCCUGCCUCACCUGGAAGCCGGAAGCAGGGCUCUGCCCUGUUCCUGGAGGUCAAGGUCAAGUGGGUGCAGGGAAGGAGGGAGAUGGAGGGUACUAGGAAGGGUGGGAGCCCGCCUGGCCCCACGAUGAAGAAGGAAGGUGAGAAGGCGUAGAGGGGGUUGUGUCCGUGGUUUUGGCAAACACUAAAGAGCCCCUUGCCCCCACAUUUCCCAUCUGCACCCCUUCUCUCCCCCCCAAAUCAAUACACUAGUUGUUUCUA